AUGAUUCCGGCCAGGAUCGAACUGGCGGCCUUCUGCGUGUACAGCAGAUGUGAUAACCACUACACCACGGAACCACUUGCUGGUGGAGGCGAAUUAAUGAAUAAGAUUAAUAAAGUACUUAUAGAGCGACUUCUUUCAAAUUGCAAUGACUUAGAUAAGGUUUAUGUCAUGAUAAGAGAGAAAAAAGGAGUUAGCACAGACACGCGUCUUAAAGAAAUGUUUAAUGUACCGCUUUUCGAUAGAUUGAAACAAGAAAAGCCACAUGUUAUGAAAAAAGUUGUGCCAAUUGGAGGUGACCUAUCCCAGCAUGAGCUGGCUAUCAAGCCUGAGGAUCUGGAGAAAUUGGUUGAGAAGGUGUCUGUAGUCUUUCACUCCGCGGCGACCGUCAGAUUCAAUGAGAAGAUAGAAGAAACGAUGAAAAUAAAUUACACCGGAACGAAGAAAAUCAUAGACUUGACUAAGAAGAUGAAGAACUUGGAUACCUUCCUAUACAUAUCAACGGCGUUUUCCAACAUGCACCACAUGAUAGUUGAGGAGAAGCUCUACUCUCCUAUGAGGACGGAGCAAGAGGUGUAUGAUUUCAUGAAAAACAGCGACAGAAGUACUUCAAGAUAUAAGAAGUUCUUAGGUGACUUUCAAAAUCCUUAUACAUUGUCUAAAUGCUUGUGUGAGAAUUUGGUGUCGCAGGAAAAGGGGGACGCCAAGACGGUGAUCGUGCGGCCAUCUAUCGUCGGUCCCUGCCUCUCAUCUCCAAUACCUGGAUGGUUGGACACAUGGAUUGCUAAUACCGCUUUAUUCAGUGACAUUACUCGAGGAAUGACUCGAGUUUUCUACGGAGACCAGUCCGUAGUAUGCGACAUGAUACCAGUAGAUUUCGUCUCAAAUUUCAUCAUAAUCGCAGCAGCUAAAGGCGCCAGCAACAAAGAAUUAAAUGUGUACAACGUAUGCAGCAGUUCAAUCAAUCCAAUCAGUUGGAAAGCUGCCGCUGACAUGUAUUUCGACGAGAGUUUAAAAUAUCCUAAAUUCCCAGGUCAAUUAAAGCCUACGAAGCCUUUGAUACUCAGGUCUCCCUUGCUAGUUGACACUUUGACCUUUACCCUUCAAACAGUACCAGCGGCCAUGACGGACUUAUAUUUGAAGAUAAGGGGAGAGAAACCAAGACAUUUACACGAACAGAAACGAGCUGUUCUUCUGAGGGAUAUACUAAAACAAUUCACAGCGGCCUCAUUAUUUAUAAAAUCUGAGAAAGCCAGGAAAUUAAUAUCGGGACUGAGCGAAGAGGACAAGGUUCGAUUCCCGUGCGACGCCAACACUAUAGACUGGAGGGAGUAUAUGAAAAUAUUGUACGGAGGCGUUCAGAAAUAUAUACAAAACAGCGACUGUUCGAGUCUGUCUGGCAGUUUAUGUAUAUCAGGCCAAUGUGCUUGUGAGCCAGGACAACAAGUAGUGCUGGGAGGCAGUAUGUGUAUAGAUGUUGCUCCCUACUACUCAUCUUCCUGCGUAGAAGAUUUUCAGUGUGGUGGGUUAUUCACUGGCUUCGAAUGUAGGAAGAAUGGAAAUAAUACUGCGGGCCAAUGCAUGUGUAAACCCGGUUUCCACUUUCUAAGUGGCAGAUGUUGGAUGUCAAAAGCACAUGGUGAGGCUUGCAGCACUAGUGAGGAAUGUAUGAACACAGCGAUAGAUCCAUUCAGUCUCCAGUGUAAUAAAACUUGCCAGUGCGCAGACGGAUAUACAGAAAGACAAAGAGGCAUUUGCAGGAAGACAUCAAGCGCUGUUGGUGAAGCGUGUGUGUUGAACAGCGACUGUAACUUUCCCGGUGGUGUUUGCAAUCCUCGUACAUUCGUUUGCAGCAACGCCAAUGACACAUCAACGCAGAGUCCGUUCCGCAACUUCGAGAUACAGACACAUCAAAAUAUAUCGCGAGUGAGGUGUAAUGGAAACAAUUCAUGUGUCAGUCCGUUUGUUUGUUCCGGAAUAGGCAUAUGCGUGUGUCCACCCGGAUACUAUGAGAGUAGAAAUGGUGGAUGUUUGGCUGAGCUCGGAUCUCCCUCAACUCCAGAACAAUGCGUUGGUUUCCUAGCAGAAGUCGUGAAUGGUAUUUGUACGUGUAGGAAUAAUUUCUUCUUCGAUGAGAACAUGAGGGAUUGUGUUAAAGUGAGUCGUUUCAUAACUGAUUCCUGUAUGUCCGAUGCAUCCUGUUACACAUUCGGACCGGCUCGCUGUGGCCCACCCUCUUCUCCGUACGGCAUAAGAACUUGUGAAUGUGUGGAUUCAAUAUGGGAUGAUAAUAUGAACGCCUGCAGAUAUUUCUCCGGUGUCGGUGAAUAUUGUGAAUUGGACAGCGAUUGUCUUGCUGGGGAUAAACAGAUAGAUUGUGUUAAGAAUAGUGAUGGAGCAGGAGUUUGUACGUGUCCUAUAGGACAGACGGAGUUCGAGGGAUUAUGUCUUGAAUCAGAUCUUGACCUUGGUGAUUCUUGUCAAAAUUCGUUGGAGUGUGGUGGUAACUACACUAUCUGUAAUUCAGGCAUCUGUUCUUGCACAGAGGGUUACAGACAGCAAGAAUCAAAUGGAAAAACUAUUUGCUUACCAGCGAUCGGUGGUGCGUGUGAGGUGAAUAAUGAUUGUAUUAUUGAAAACACGUUUUGUGACAACAACUCAAAGACCUGCCAGUGUCGUGGAGGGUACACGGCCUUUGAAGAUAUUUGUUGGGAGGCGUCUUCUGGCUACAAUUCUUCUUGCACGGUCACAGCCGAAUGCGCUUUACAAUCAGCUUCAUGUACAAAUGGUUUCUGUACUUGUCUGCCUAAUCAUCAUUACAAGGAUAAUGACUGUUACCCUAUCGUUGAACUAUUUUCUUUAUGCACGCGGUCCAGUGAAUGUUUUCUUGGAAAUAAUAUAUCUGACAGAGCGAUAUGCAGAAACGGUGUAUGCCAAUGUGACUUUGAAUACCCCUAUUCAGAAGAAUUAAGGAUUUGUGCAUCAUCAUCUACAUCUUUGGUGGCAACUGCCUUCGUGACCAUCGCUACUGUAUUGUCAAUACUAGUUCAAUAA